CUAUGGAAGACGAUAGAUGAAGCAGAGUAUCGUUGUGGCCGUAAGCCUCCUCCUUCGAAAGACGAGGAUGAUAUGAUCACGAAGUUGAGACAUCGGCUGAAGGAUCUGCUAACGUCGCUGCGAUCCGGAGCUGAGGGAAUCAAGCAUGACUAG